AUGCUCGUCGACAAGGCCGACUCAGAAAACCGUGUGCCUUCACUCUACGGACGAAAGCAAGCACCCGACCUACCGACCUGGAUUAUGUACGACAAAAAUGGCAAAGUGGCACGCGUGGCCAUCUCCUCUGUUUCACAUGAGAAUAGGUGUUUUCCUUAUUUAGAUGAGACUAUCUUUCCUAUGUUUCAUGGUUUUAAAGCUAUUAGUAAAUCUAAAAACUUACUUUUUUGUAUUUCCAAUAAGAUACUGCGGUUCCAAGCGUACUUCCAACAGACACUUCAAGAGAUGAGAAGUGGAACAAGUGUCUUAAGAAAAGUCGAUAUAUUUUUCUUUUUGGAAGAUGGUACUAUUAAAGUUAUAGAACCGAAAACAGAAAAUAGUAGCUUAUUGCAAGGAACGAUGAUGAGACGACAAAGGAUUCGCCUACCGCAUAGUUAUGAUUUAUAUUACGACGUCCUUGAUCUCAAUAUUGGCCGAGAAGUCACUUUCUUCGGUAAAGUGUUCAAGAUUGUUAACUGUGAUAAUUUUACAAGAGUAUUCCUUAACCGUCUCGGGAUAAAUGUACCGGAUCCUAUACCUUGGCCUGAUGCUGUAGAGCAUGCACCAGCUGCGGGUAAACCUCCAAAACACAGGCCUUUUAGACAGUUUUUAGAUCAUGAUAGACAAGUUUUAAGGUUUUAUGGUUAUUGGGAUGAUCGAGAUUCGGAAUUUGGAGUUAUGCAUUUUUUGGAAAUCCAUUAUUUUUUGGCAGAUGAUACUAUUGAAAUCAAGGAAACUAUGCCUCCUAAUUCAGGCAUGGAGGCAGAUACAUUUACUCCUUUGCCUAUUCCAACGGAUAAGGAUAAAGAAUGCGUUAGUACAAGUGUUGCUGACAGGCAAUUGCCUCCAUGGAAUGGAUACGGUUCAUAUGAUGACUCAGCUGAGAAUUGUAGGACAGUAGAACCAAAAGCUCCUCAUAAAGAUUUCAUAAAAUUCCUUCAUAAAGAUCGAGUUGGUUUCGACUCUCAUAUACUAAGAUUUGCUGCUCGUCUUAUAAGCGACGAACCUGUGGAUAAAAGAAGAUAUUUUAUUAUUAAAUAUUUCCUUUGUGAUGAUACAAUUGGCGUAUUUGAAUUAGGGGAGCGAAACUCUGGUUUCAAAGGUGGGAAGUUUUUCCGUCGUGACAAGAUGUACUUGCCGGAUGUAGAAUUCUUCGUUCCCAAAGAACCCCCGUCGUACACUGAUAAAGAUAUGUGGGUCGGUAACGAGCUGGUCAUCAAUAAACACCGAUUCCGGCUUAUUGCCGCUGAUGAAUACGCACUGCGAUAUAUGGAACUGCAUGCUGAACAGUAUCCAAUGGCGAACAUAGCACUGAUAAUGGAUAAAAUACGCCGUACACUUGCAUCCCAAGAAAAUGGUUACAAAAAUUUUGUUGCUAAAUAUAUGGAAGCAGUUCUCCCAGAUAAAAAAGAACUCAUGGCCGUAAGAUGUUUCAAGCAAGCUCUAAAAGAAGUGAUGUGCGAAAAAAUGACAGAGCAUGAAUUUCUUACCCUGAUACGAUACUUCCGAGGUGACCCCGGAAAAGAGAAAAGUCCUAGGCGUGAAAUGAUACGGUCCUUGGUAUUUACGGAAAUAACUCGUGGUCUAUGGGACGACCGCGACCGACUUCGUGAGGGUCUACUGCAUGCGGAUGAGAGCGGAACAGGCACUUUGUCUGUGGACAGGAUGCGACAGUUGUUACGCGCUCACCGCCUGCCUAUCAACCCUGACCUCAUGGACUGUAUGCUACAAGUGUUAAAAAAAGAUGAGAAGUGUAACAUUCAGUAUGAAGACUUAAUGGCGUUUCUGGACUUCCAAACACGACCGGUAUACAACCUCAGCGAAACGGACUAUGAAAAAGUAGUUAGGCAUGCUCCACCACUCAAAGACACCGAGUGCAAACGAUGGGCUGAAGCAGAGUUGAAUAUUCAAGAAGGAUACGUCAACUGGAACGCUUUCCUCUGCCAAUUGAAUUUGGAACAUCUCGUAAAGGAACAAACUUAG